AUGGCCACUGAAAAUGAUCAGGCUCUGGGAAGGCCGCGGAAGGCGAAGGCGAGGAUGGUGGUCAUGGAGUCGGAGAUCGGGGAUGCUACCGAUUGCUUCUUCGUCUUAUGCGAACUGCUCGCUUCUGCGGCUACACGGCGUCUUCUUGCGCCCCCUGCCGGUCGAACCGAUUCGUCGAGCGUCUCGCCAGGCAUCGACCUCAACCACGGCCCGACAUCGCGGGUACCUCCCGAGGAGCUCGGCCUCCUGAGGGAUCUGGCCCUUUUCCACAUAAACUCCAAACAGCGUUUCUGCGGCACGAUCCCUCGCGACCUCUCGCACGAGGAUGAGUGCUGCUGCUUCGAGCUCGACCUGAGCAACAAUUCGGUUCGCCGGUAAGUUCCUAGGGUCGUCCUCCGGCUUCCUCCCUUGAAGUUUAUCGACAUCAGGGCUACAAACGAGUUCGAGGGCCAAGGUGCCCGCGAGCUCUUCGACAAGGACCUCACGCCGAUCUUCAUAAACCACAACAGGUUCGCCUUCGGCAAAUCCCCAACAACAUGCGGGAACUCCCCGGGGUGUCGGUCGCCGUUCCUGCGCGGGCAACGGUUUCAGGGGCUGCGUGCCGGCGGAGCCUGGUUCCCCGCCCCUCCAACCAUCCUUGUAUCGAGGCCACCACCCUCCCCCCCUCCUCCAUGCUAUCGAAUUGCCCCCUCCAUCGGCACCUGUUUACCAAUUUCGCCCCCUCCUCUGUCGCCAUCACCAUCACCACCAUACGUUCACACGUCACCUCCACCACCUUCUCCAUCACCACCUCCGCCCGUCUAUGAAGGACCAUUACCCCCAAUCAUUGGUGUUCAUUAUGCGUCGCCUCCGCCGCCUAGUAUCCCUUACUAUUGAUUCUUUUGAGAAUUCAUCCUCCGUUAUGAAAAGCUGCCAUUAAUGAUUUCAUUCAUUUGGGAUUCUUUCUGCAAUUGGGGUGUAUGUUGAAGAUACUUAGGAGAUUGGAGAGAGGCUUGGGAGGUGGAAGGAGAAACUCUCCCCCAUAUUCGUUUCGGAUUGUGAAGACAUUGGAGAUUGAUCUAUGUUGUGAAUAAGCGCUAUGGCGAUGGCCCGAGAGAUAAAGUAGAGACUGCAAGGGAAAAUGAUCUUUGUAUAGAGAGCAUGAGAUUUGAAUUUAGAACAACUGUGGUAUUAUCUCCUCCUACUAUACUUUGUAUUUAUUUUAUUUUACUUUGGAUUUUGAUUUCAUAGUAUGCUUACUUAUGGAUUCUUAGAUAUUCAUGUGUGGAUUGCCUCGUUCUGUAAAUUCUUUUGUUCGUAUGGCUAAUGAGUUUGUUUCUGCCCGUAUA